AUGAUUUCCAAUGAAUCUAUUGAAAACAUUAAAGCAUUAAUUGAUCAAGAAAAUGAAAAAGAUUCAAAUAAUCAUAUUAAUUAUACAAUACAUGAAUCGAUAGAAUUCCUUGAUGUUCUUAUCGAGAAUGUUGAAGGAAAGUUGAAUACAACAGUUUUUCGUAAACCAGCUGCUGAGCCAUACAUACUUCCAUAUACAUCUAAUCAUCCACGGCUUACACAUUCCAAUACAAUCUAUACAGCAUUACUUCGUGGUAUUCGUCUCUAUUCGGAUGUUCACACAUUUGAUUAA